AUGUUUUCUAAGAAAAUUAAGAAAUAAGAAAUUAAGUUGAUUGACAAUGAUAAAGAAGAUGAUUAAUUAUAGCAUUCUAAUGUUAAUCAGCAUCCAUAAAUAGAUAAAUCAAUUUAGAAAUAAAAAAGAGUUGGAAUCAAUGUUUAACAAUUAGCCAAAGAAAAAUAGAUCUCUUAAAAAAAAUCAGCCACUAAUAAUGAAAGAGAAAGAAAUUUCCUUAAUCAAGAUUCCGCUCGAGGAUUAACGAGCAUAAACUAUAUUAAGUAAAAAACUGAAAAACCAGAUAAACUCAUGGAAAAAUAUGUCUAAGAAAAAAUUAAGAGCGUAGAUCCCUUAGCUUUUUGUGGUCAAGUUGAGAAUAUAUAAGAUGAAUAAUAAAGAGAUGCUGAACUUUUAGAAGAAAUUCGUGAGGUAUAUUAUUUGCUUCUAUCUCUUUUAAGACUUAAGCCAAAUUUUUAUCAAAAAAUGAAGAAAAGGACCCAUCUUUCUAUGUCGGUGGUAUUAUCCAAGUCAAUUUAUCUCUUGAGUAAUAUUUUAAUCUUAUCAUUUAGAGAAGAAGCUUAAAAGCUAGCAUAAAUGGAGGAUUUAAAAAGAGAUCAAUACAUCUAAACCAUUAUUCAAGGAAAACCAAAAAGAGCAGCACCUGUAGUUGUACAUCCAGAUGAAGAAGAAGAUAAGGAGACGAAAGCGUUCAGAGAACUUAAAUCAAAGUUUUACCAAAAAGGAAGAAGUAUAUUUAUUCAAUUAAAUUUUAGUUUUUAAAUACUAACAAAUGAAAAAAACAAUAGACAAUAUUAAACCAGAAAUCGAAUAAUCAAAAUCAUGA